ACCCACUUCCGCAUUCCAUCUUCCCAUGAGCCCCUGCGUCACCAUCGACCAGCCAGUAUCUUCCCCUCAUAACAGCUUUGUACAUGUACACACGUGUGGAGUUAUAACAUCGUUCUCUCGUUUUAAGGUCUCCGUUAAGGUGUGUGAAGAUGAGUGAUGAGGUGGAGCGGCUGCUCAUCCAUUUCCAGGACGAGAAUGGGAAGUUUCUUGGUUCCCCUUUCGAUGUUCCCGUCGACAUCACUCCUGAGAAACUACAGCUGGUCUGCAAUGCAUUGCUGCAAAAGGAGGAGGCUGUGCCGCUGGCGUUUUACGCCCGUGGCGAUACCGAGAUUGUGUCCAGCUUGAGUGUCUGCGUCAAAGAGCUGGCAUGGGAGACCGAGCGGGUGCUGCCAGUGAUGUAUCAGCCCCAGGCCGUGUUCCGGGUCCGAGCUGUCACCCGCUGCACCAGCAGUCUCCAGGGGCAUACUGAAGCCGUCAUCUCCACCGCUUUCAGUCCCACUGGAAAAUAUUUGGCCAGCGGGUCAGGUGACACCACGGUGCGCUUUUGGGACUUGAUGACCGAGACGCCGCAUUACACCGCCAAAGGGCACUCACAUUGGGUUCUCAGCAUCGCCUGGUCACCUGAUGGCAAGAAACUUGCAUCAGGAUGCAAAAACAGUCAGAUCUUUCUGUGGAAUCCAGUGACAGGCACACAAAUUGGGAAGACCCUGACCGGACACAGUAAAUGGAUCACCUGGCUUUGCUGGGAACCUCUCCACCUCAAUGCCGAGUGCCGCUACUUGGCGAGCAGCUCCAAAGAUGGGUCGGUGCGCAUCUGGGACGUGGUACUCGGCCGCUGCGACAAGAUCCUGACGGGCCACACGCAGUCGGUCACUUGCGUCAAGUGGGGCGGCGAUGGACUCCUGUACACCUCAUCGCAGGACAGGACCGUGAAAGUGUGGCGGGCCAAAGACGGUGUCCAGUGCAGGACGCUGCAGGGUCACGCUCAUUGGGUCAACACGUUGGCUCUCAGCACCGACUACGUGCUAAGGACAGGCGCCUUUGAACCGGCAAGCGCCACCGUCAACCCACAGGACCUCACCGGAUCACUGGACGAACUAAAGGACAAAGCCUUGCAGAGAUACAAUAAUGUUCGGGGUUCCAACCCGGAACGCUUGGUGUCAGGCUCUGACGACUUCACCUUGUUCCUGUGGAACCCGGCUGAGGACAAGAAGCCUCUGGCCCGGAUGACGGGCCACAGCGCUCUGGUCAACGAGGUGCUUUUCUCCCCUGACACCCGGCUGCUGGCCUCGGCUUCCUUCGACAAGUCGGUCAAAAUCUGGGACGGCCGCACUGGAAAAUACUUGAUGUCUCUCCGUGGCCACGUGGGCUCCGUGUAUCAGGUGGCCUGGUCAGCCGACAGCCGGCUGCUCGUGAGCGGCAGCAGUGACAGCACGCUCAAAGUUUGGGAUGUCAAGAGCGGGAAGCUCAACAUGGAUCUUCCCGGUCACGCAGAUGAGGUGUUUGCUGUGGACUGGAGUCCUGACGGACAACGAGUGGCCAGUGGCGGUAAAGACAAAUGCCUCCGAAUAUGGAGACGAUAACUGUAAUGCCCACGACCUCCAUUUACUUCCCACCAAGAGAUCUAAAAGGCAGAGUCAAGAUGCCUCCUAGUCAAUUUGGUGUUAAAAAGCGUCGUCACGGCGCAUCACCGACACAAACAAGGUCAGAAUAUGAAAACUUUGACUCGGGUGGCACAUGUACGUAACAGUUGGGACUGCUUACAACUCCCCCCCACCCUCUACCUUUAUCUCCUCCCCACCUCAAAGCCUCAACCCGUGGAGCUCCUCAGCACUGCAGUGAAGCCAACUGGCGCACGCAGUCAACCCCCAAUUACUCCCAUAAAUAACGUGUACACCGCAGGUUUUCCAUUUGUCACCAGCAACGUUUAUUACACCGUGAAAACCUCUGUUUUCUGAUGUCUUUUUUUUAACAGUCGAAACGAUUGCACAGCUUAGUCACAUACUCAACACACACAGGUAACAACAUUCAGAUGCACAACGUGGUCUCAUGUUUGGCAAAAAAAAAAAAAAAAAAGGACUCAAAAGGCUUUAUCUGUGCAAGGCAGAGUGGUUUUAAAUACUCGUGUUUUCACAGUAAGCCCCAAAUGUGUGCUCUCGACCCCAAAAGUAGAACGAGGAUGAUAAGUGUAAAAAAUGAUUCGGUUAAACUGAUAACAUUUACAAAACAUAAAACCCAAUGAUGAUAAGAUCAAUGGUGUGACUUCUUAAAGCUAUAUGUGCUAACUGGCUACUACAGCUAUCGCCAUGUUUCCUGAUUAGCUUUGCAGGAUAGAAUUCAACAGAACAGUGAGACAAUGAACAAGGCAGAUGCCCUUAGCAUGAGGCUAACAGACAAGUUUUGUCCCCCCCCCAAAAAAAAAAAAUAACAAAAGCGUCAAUCAAAUUAGUGGUGACAAAAAGUCUGUUAGCUUGAAAAAAAGACUUCCUGUGUGAGUUUAAAACUGCCACCAUUAUCAUUGGUUCUUCCCUAACCCAAAGACACAUUUGUGGUUUCAGAGCGAAGUGCUCGCCCCUACGUACAGUAAAAUUAAUACAAAGUAAAAAUAUGAAAACGCAUUCGGACAAUCAAUAAAGGUAUGCACUAGACAA